AGGAAAGCAUUCAGCCAGCUGCUUCUAGAUCUUCCUUGCAGCAUUAAGAGCUUCUGUUCAUUCCCCCCACUCUCCCUCCUCCUGCACAGCCUUUGUGUCAGCUUCAGUGCUAAGAGAACGAGCUAUGCUUUGCCCAGACAGAGAAUGGCACCGCAGCCGCAAGUGCUUCUACAAUGUACUGAGAUGGAACCAGAUACACGUGAGGGCACACAGCAAGGUGUGAUAAUUGUUCGGUGUGACAUUAGAUGGAGAUAUACUGUGUAGAAGGGAGGAGGCAGGCUGUCUCGUUUACAGCCCCACACAGGCGCAGAUAAUAGUCUUGUAAAACCUGCAGGCGGGGCUCUUCAGUACUUCUCUACAUGUACAGCAGUGACAGCGGCAGCACUACAGCCUGGGAGAAGAAGCUUCAGAGGCAGAGGUUUCUCUCCUCCUGCUCCUUGACUACCUGCACAGCUUCACCUUAUGCUCACCUAUCUAGAGCUCAGACAAAGGGAAAUGAAAUGGAAGUGUCACGUCUGUUGCUCAGUGAAAGCCUGCCCUCGCUAGCUUUUUAUGAACAGCCUUUAAUCUGAUCUGAUGACAUCUCUGCAACCUGUUUACCCUCAACUGAGAGGGAUUAUUUUCAUUUGUGAUUAUUAGGAGGAGGAAGAGCUGUCUCUUUGUGUUUUCCAAUGGAGCAGAUGAAGAAAAUGUAAAUGAGCAGUCAGGAUAAAGCUAACAGUUCUUACAAAGACAGUGGCACAAGAAGGGUGGAGCCCAGUGUUUGUAUGGAUGCCCAGCAUUAGCAAUCUUAACUUUUUCUAACUGCUUGUGCUCCAAUACUGGAAUGGCUUCAGCGUUGUCCUUUGCAUGAUAUAUGCAUUCAGUACUACACCUGUAAAGAAAGGUGUAACUUAAUCCCAAGCGCUGUGUCAUUUUACACCAUAUCAUUUAUCCCUGCUUUUGUCUAGCACUCUUGGAUCAAGUGACAUGUAUGGAGCAAUCAGUUUAUUUCUUGGAUUUUAACUGAAUGUUUCAUUACAAACAUGCAGUUACCGUUUUACUCCCUUUUUUUUGCUUUCUUUGGAACUUCUGUAGUAAUCAACCAUGAACUGCAUGACUUCAAUAAUAUGCAACAUGAAGAUGGCUCAAGAUGGUGCCAUGAUCUCUCUCCUUCACCUGACAAAGUUUAUUCUAGAACAACAAGCAGCCACACUGAUGAUGAGAGCUCUACCCGUCAAGGUAUUUUAAGGAAUAUUCUUUGUAAAUUUAUAAAUGGGAGAUUACGGAAGUCCAUAGAGCCUAUACUGGCUGAACAAAAUAUAAACCAGCAAAAUGACAAGCAAGAAGGAAACAGAACACCUGCAACACACAUGCAAUAUGAAAGCUUCCCCUGGGUGCCUAGAAAGGUGAGCACCACAGCCAUGUACACCAGGUAUAGUGCUGAUAUACCAGACAAUGGGGAAAACAUCCAUUCUAGGAAUAAAAGAGAAAGCUAUGAGCAGCAAUGGAAGAAAAGAAAUGAGAACUUAAACAUAAUCCACAAUGAUAAAAUUCAUUUAGUGGAUAUGAAUGAAACUGUGCAAACACCAAAUGCAGGAAAAGAGACUGAACCCCAAACAUUAUUCUUAAAUGGAUCAAUUCCCUAUGCAACCAAUGAUUUAAAAGUGUUUUCCGAUAAUAUGGAAAUUAAUCAAGAUUUGGUGCCAAAAAAUGCAACCAAUAAAAAACUGCACAUAAAGAACCCAUUUUACCCACUAACAGAAGAUUCCUAUGGUGCUUAUGCAGUUAUGUGCUUAUCCAUUAUUAUAUUUGUUAUUGGGAUUAUGGGCAACAUGGCUGUGAUGUGCAUAGUUUGCCACAAUUACUAUAUGAGAAGUAUAUCCAACUCGCUUUUGGCAAACUUGGCCUUCUGGGACUUUUUGAUUAUUUUUUUCUGCCUUCCAUUGGUAAUAUUUCAUGAACUAACGAAAAAAUGGCUACUGGAGGAUUUCUCUUGCAAAAUCAUUCCAUAUAUUGAGGUUGCCUCUCUCGGAGUCACCACAUUUACAUUGUGUGCACUUUGCAUUGACCGAUUCCGUGCUGCCACUAAUGUACAGAUGUACUACGAAAUGAUUGAGAACUGCACAUCCACAACUGCCAAGCUAGCUGUUAUAUGGGUGGGUGCUCUUCUUUUAGCGCUGCCUGAGGUCGUCCUUCGGCAAUUAACCAAGGAUGAGUCAGCAAUAAGUGUCAACACUCUCUCUGAGCGCUGUGUUGUUAAAAUUUCCACUGAUCUUCCGGAUAGUAUUUAUGUCUUAGCUCUUACAUAUGACAGUGCAAGACUGUGGUGGUACUUUGGCUGUUAUUUCUGUUUGCCCACUCUUUUCACAAUAACAUGCUCAUUGGUAACAGCAAGGAAAAUCAGAAGAGCAGAAAAAGCGUGUACAAGAGGAAACAAGCGUCAAAUUCAACUUGAAAGUCAGAUGAACUGUACUGUAGUAGCCCUCACAAUAUUGUAUGGCUUUUGCAUAAUCCCUGAAAAUAUCUGUAACAUUGUAACAGCUUAUAUGUCCACUGGGGUAUCCAGGCAGACGUUGGAUCUUCUUCAUCUAAUCAGCCAGUUUCUUUUGUUCUUUAAAUCAUGUGUUACCCCUAUCCUUCUUUUUUGCCUUUGCAAGCCUUUCAGUCGGGCUUUCAUGGAAUGCUGCUGUUGCUGUUGUGAUGAAUGCAUUCAGAAGUCCUCAACUGCAACAAGUGAUGAUAAUGACAAUGAAUAUACUACAGAGCUGGAACUUUCCCCUUUCAGUACUAUACGUCGUGAAAUGUCCACAUUUGCUUCUGUUGGAACUCAUUGUUAAAACCUUUUUGUCUAUACACCUGUAUUUGUAAAUAUUCUGUGUAUUACAUUUUAAAUAAUUUUAGUUUAUGGUUUUUUAAUGAAACACUUGUGCAAGAACACUUUUCGUAUCUAUAUUUAUUAUGUUUUAGGUCUCCUAACAGGGUAUGUUUCCGAGAAACUAUUAACAUGUUUCUGCACCUUAAUUAGGUAGUUGAUAGCUUUUUGAUAAUCACACCCAUAACUUUUUAAAGUAUUAUAUAUAAAUCUAGGUGAAAUGAUUAUAUUCCAAGGUGGUUUGCACUGAAAUGAAAUAUUGUAAUGUUUAGUUAAAACAUUUAAAAAAAAUUGCUGUUUAAUAAAUUUUAUUUUGUUUUUAUUAAA